UGAACAGCAGGAGGCUGCGGGCCCUGGCUGACCUGGAAGUCCUGGCGUCUUUUCUGGACCCCGUGCAGCUUCUGGUUUCUGGUGACAAGCCCUGGGCCGCAGGGCAGCUGUGACAGACCUGGGACCUGAAGGACGAGGAGCUAAGCCCCUGGCGCCUGGUGUGUGCUGGCUGCCAGGAGAGGCAGAGGCACGAUGGCAACAGCGUCCCUCAUGCCAGCCCUGCUCCGGCCCUUCCACGUCCCUGGAGACCUGACAAACACGAGCACCGAGGAGCAGCUGAUGGGCGACGCUGAGCUUCUGGAAUACGUUAGCUUGUUGUUGUGAAGACUGGUGGAGGGGCCCAAGUGCUGCCUUCCACGAGGCGUGUCCGUUCUCCUUCCACGCGGGCUCUGCUGAAGGGGGUCAGUGCCCCCUUUAAGGACCAGCAGUGCAGCCGUCAGCCAGCCUCCGGCCAGCAGCUCUGCAGAGCCUUCCAGCUUUGUUAGCCGACUGCGCUCGCCCCGGCCCUUCCGCAGCUGGGACCUGUUUCACGGCCGUGUCUUGCCAGCCGGAGACUCCGAACUCCAGCUCCAUUGCCAGAGGGCUUUUGUGGCCAACAGAGAAAGCUGUCCUCCUGUGGGGACAAACGCCCAAGUGAAAUCUGAGAACCUUUUGGGAGUCCCUUCAACAGACUGUUUCUGGGGUUGCUGCCCUCGGGCGCUGGAAGCCAGGCACGCACGGGCGAGGAAGCAGGCGGGCCACCCACCAGCAAUAUGGGGCUCCCGUCUUAGGACAGGGGUGUCUCUGCCUCCAUGACUCAGCAGGGCUGGCUCUGAGACGCAGCAGGAGGGCUUGUUAACGUUAGGAUAAAGAGGUAUGAGCACGUCCAUCCAAGUGGAAUUGUCCUUGCAGCCACCCAGAAAGCCGUCUCCUUGGUCUCUGAAAUGAGCUAUGAAAUAAUCUGAAGGCAUCAGAGCUCCAGAGCCUGGUAUGCCAGCCUCCCUCUCUGCACCGGCACAGACAGGCCCACAGAGGAAAACGCCUUGAGGAGGGUCACCCUGCCCUCAGGCCAGGAGGGUGUCCGCAUCCAGGCUGCGCCCGCCCCCUGUCACCUCCAGCCUUGCUGCCUGUCACAUUCCUUCACAAGCGAAGGUGCCAGCUCCUGGCCCUAAAGUCCAGGCUCCCUCAGGGGAGCCCCGGGACAACUGGGGGCUUCUCAGCAGCAGAUGGCAAACUGCCUUUGGAUUUUCUAAACUGAUCGAGACUUGAGAUCAGGGUUCUGGCUUUCCCCUAAGGACCACAAAUGCUGCUGUCCCCGGUGUCCCCUCCUUUCUAUUGCAAAGAGCAUGAAAGCGGACACUCCUCUUCUGGGGCCGUGGGAAAGGCGCCAUUCUCAGAUGCCACGAUGCGUGACUUCAGCAACCGGCUGAGGACUAGAAUGGGCCCUGUUGUUCUCUGCAGAUCAGGCCUGGGCCAGGCAGGGUGCCCGUUACGAGGACACCACGGGCAUUGAUUCUGGGAGUGCCGUUCCCUCCCUCCCACGGCCUCCCCAGCACACCUGUGUGGAGGGACCCGGCAAGGGGCCAGACCCUCCUGCGCCCCGACUCACUGCGCUCACACAAAGCACCUCACCUGGAACGAAAGGUCAAGGAUGAUCAGAUCUGUCCCCGAGCUAGCUCGCAGGGAGGCGUGACACACAUUUGGGCCCCUUUCUCAGUGUGGAAGAAUACCUGUUUGUCCCUGGGCACGGUGACACUGGGGACACGGGCACAGAAGUGGAGCUGCCACUCCCCAUGCCCGGGCUAAGCAAUCCGUGUGCCGCAGAGCUUGAAGGCAUUUCUCCAAGUGGCAUUCUAUUCUGAAAGGGCAGCCCGGCUUUUUUUAAGUUCCUGUCUUGAGAUUUAUCUAGACUGAUUUCCAUAUCGCGUUCUGUGUACGUAAAAGGAAAAAAGAUAAGUGGCUGUAGAAAUCCGGAAGUUUGGUGACAUGGAAGUUUAAAUCUCUCUCACAUAAAAUAAAUCCAUAGUCCAGGGCUGUUACAGUUCUCCACAAGGUCGAAGCCUCGUUCUCUCUCUGUUUGCUUUGCCAUCUUCAGUGCAUGGCUCCCAUCACAUGGCCUGAGACAGCUGCUGUGGAUCCAGCCAUCACAUCCACACUCCAGUCAGCAGGAAGGAGGGCACACUGUCUGUCUGCUGUGUCGGUCAGAACUUAAUUCCAAGGCCACAGCUCAUGUGAGAGAGGCUGGAGAAGGCAGCCUUCCUCCUAGGUGGCCAUGCACCCAGAUAAAUGUCCAGGGUUCUUUGACUGAGUCAGGAGCGGGACAUGGAUAUUGGGGGACUCAGGGAGUGCUCAGCCAGGAUGGGAGGUGCCAGCACACAGGACUUCUUCAAGGUGAUGCUGACAGUCAGCUGGCUCCUGGCCUGCUUUCCUGGGGCCAUGUCCACAGUCGCAGCCGAGUGUCCUGACCAGAACCCUGAGCUGCAGCCCUGGAACCCUGGCCAUGACCGGGACAACCGUGUGUACAUUGGCCAGGGCAGAGCCCUGCUGCUAACCUCGUCUGCCACCGUCCACUCCAUCCACAUCUCAGAGGGAGGAAAGCUGGUCAUUAAGGACCAAGACGAGACCAUUGUUUUGCGCACCCAGCACAUCCUGAUUGACAGCGGAGGAGAGUUUCAUGCUGGGAGUGCCUUCUGUCCUUUCCAGGGCAAUUUCAGCAUCGUUUUGUAUGGAAGGGCUGACGACGGUGUUCAGCCGGACCCUUACUUUGGCCGGAAGUACAUUGGUGUUGACAGAGGAGGCACCCUGGAGUUGCACGGACAGAAGAAGCUCUCUUGGACGUUUCUGAACAAGACCCUUCACCCAGGUGGCAUGGAGGAGGGAGGCUAUUUCUUUGAAAGGAGCUGGGGUCACCGUGGUGUCAUCGUUCAUGUCAUCGACCCUAAAUCAGGGACAGUCAUCCAUUCCGACCGGUUUGACACCUAUAGAUUCAAAAAGGAGAGCGAACGUCUGGUCCAGUAUCUGAACGCAGUGCCCAAUGGCAGGAUCCUGUCUGUCGCGGUGAAUGACGAAGGGUCCCGAAACCUGGAUGACUCGGCCAGGAAAGUCAUGACCAAACUGGGCAGCAAACACUUCCUACACCUUGGGUUCAGACACCCGUGGAGCUUUCUCACUGUGAAGGGAAAUCCUGCUGCCUCCGUGGAAGACCACAUUGAGUAUCACGGUCAUCGCGGCUCUGCCGCUGCCCGUGUGUUCAAACUGUUCCGGUCGGAGCACGGCGAGCACUUCAACGUUUCCUCGUCCAGCGAGUGGGUUCAAGAUGUGGAGUGGACAGAGUGGUUUGACCAUGACAUAGCGCCGUACGCUAAAGCCGGGGAGAAAAUUGCAGACCUCCGGGCAGCUCACCCAGGAAGAAUCUGCAAUCGUCCACUCGAUAUACAGGCCACGACAGUGGAUGGAGUCAACCUCACCACCGAGGUUGUGUACAAAAGGGGCCAGGAUUAUAGGUUUGUGUGCUACGACGGCCGAGGCCACGCCUGCCGGAGCUACCGCGUGCGGUUCCUGUGUGGGAGGCCUGUGAGGCCCAAACUCACCGUCACCAUCGACACCAACGUCAACAGCACCAUCCUGACGCUGGAGGACAACGUGCAGUCCUGGAGACCUGGAGAUGUUCUGGUCGUUGCCAGCACCGAUUACUCCAUGCACCAGGCGGAGGAGUUUCGGGUGCUUCCCUGCCAAGCCUGUGCCGCCAACCAGGUCAGAGUAGCAGGUAAGACUUUCACUGACCCAGUCCGAGGCUGGAGGAAUCUGGAAAUUGUUAGGCUUGACAUUGGCCUUAAAUCACAGCCACUCUGUAUCUGUCAGUCAUUGCCAUGGUAAUGCUGCAUAACAAGAAAAAAAAAUGUAAAAUCUCACGACACACAUCUAUUUCUUACUCAUGCAUCUUUUGCACUGGGGUUCACUGCCGCCCAUCUGGAGGGCGUGGAGCUGAAGCACAUGGGACAGCAGCUGGUGGGCCAGUACCCAAUCCACUUCCACCUGGCGGGGGACGUGGACGAGAAGGGAGGCUAUGACCCGCCCACCUAUGUCAGGGACCUCUCCAUCCAUCACACCUUCUCUCGCUGUGUCACCGUCCACGGCUCCAAUGGCCUGUUGGUCAAGGACGUUGUGGGCUAUAACUCUUUGGGCCACUGCUUCUUCACGGAGGAUGGACCAGAGGAACGCAACACCUUUGACCACUGUCUUGGGCUCCUUGUCAAGUCUGGAACCCUCCUUCCCUCCGACCGCGACAGCAAGAUGUGCAGGCUGAUCACAGAGGACUCAUACCCGGGAUACAUCCCCAAGCCCAGGCAGGACUGCAAUGCUGUGUCCACCUUUUGGAUGGCCAAUCCCAACAACAACCUCAUAAACUGUGCUGCUGGAGGGUCCGAGGAAACUGGAUUUUGGUUCAUUUUCCACCACGUGCCGACGGGCCCCUCGGAGGGAAUGUACUCCCCGGGUUACUCGGAGCACAUCCCCCUGGGAAAGUUCCUGAACAACCGAGCACACUCCAACUACCGGGCUGGCAUGAUCAUAGACAACGGCGUCAAAACGACUGAGGCCUCUGCCAAGGACAAACGGCCCUUCCUGUCAAUCAUCUCUGCCAGAUACAGCCCUCACCAGGAUGCCGACCCGCUGAAGCCCCGGGUGCCGGCCAUCAUCAAGCACUUCACCGCCUACAAGAACCAGGACCACGGGGCCUGGCUGCGUGGUGGGGACGUGUGGCUGGACAGCUGCCGGUUUGCCGACAAUGGCAUCGGCCUGACCCUGGCCAGUGGUGGAACCUUCCCGUAUGACGAUGGCUCCAAGCAGGAAAUAAAGAACAGCCUGUUUGUUGGCGAGAGUGGCAAUGUGGGGACAGAGACGAUGGACGGCAGGGUCUGGGGCCCCGGCGGCUCGGACCACAGCGGGAGGACUCUCCCUAUAGGCCGGAAUUUCCCCAUCCGAGGAGUUCAGUUCUACGAUGGCCCCAUCAACAUUCAGAACUGCACCUUCCGGAAGUUUGCUGCCCUGGAGGGCCGGCACACCAGCGCCCUGGCCUUCCGUCUGAACAACGCCUGGCAGAGCUGCCCCCAUAACAACGUGACCAACAUCGCCUUUGAGGACGUCCCGAUUACUUCCAGAGUGUUCUUCGGGGAGCCUGGGCCCUGGUUCAACCAGCUGGACAUGGAUGGGGACAAGACAUCGGUGUUCCACGAUGUGGACGGCUCGGUGUCCGAGUACCCCGGCUCCUACCUCACCAAGGCCGACAACUGGCUGGUCCGGCACCCAGACUGCGUCGACGUUCCCGACUGGAGAGGGGCCAUCUGCAGCGGGCGCUAUGCUCAGAUGUACAUCCAGGCCUACAAGACGAGCAACCUGCGCAUGAAGAUCAUCAAGAAUGACUUCCCCGGCCACCCCCUGCAGCUGGAGGGCGCCCUGACCAGGAACGCGCACUACCAGCAGUACCAGCCGGUCAUCACCCUGCACAAGGGCUACACCAUCCACUGGGACCACACGGCCCCCGCCGAGCUCGCCAUCUGGCUCAUCAACUUCAACAAGGGCGACUGGAUCCGAGUCGGGCUGUGCUACCCACGCGGCACCAGCUUCUCCAUCCUCUCAGACGUGCACAACCGCCUGCUGAAGCAGACAUCCAAGACGGGCACCUUCGUGAGGACCCUGCAGAUGGACAAACUGCAGCAGAGCCUCCCCGGCCGGGGCUACUACUACUGGGACGAGGCCUCAGGGCUGCUGUUCCUGAAGCUGACAGCUCAGAACGAGAGAGACAAGUUUGCCUUCUGCUCCGUGAAGGGCUGCGAGAGAAUCAAGAUCAAAGCUCUGAUCCCCAAGAACGCGGGCGUCAGCGACUGCACGCCCAUGGCCUACCCCAGGUUCGCCGAGAGGGCCACUGUGGACGUGCCGAUGCCCAGGAAGCUGGUUGGUGCUCAGCUGAAGACAAAGGACCACUUCUUGGAGGUGAAGAUGGAAAGUUUCAGGCAGCGUUUCUUCCACCUUAUAAAUGACUUUGCUUACAUUGAGGUGGACGGGAGGAAGUACCCCAGCUUGGAAGACGGCAUCCAGGUGGUGGUGAUUGACGGGCGCCACGGGCACGUGCUGAGCUACACGAGCUUCAGGAACGUCAUCCUGCAGGGCGUUCCGCGGCAGCUCGCCAUGUACGUGGCGGCCAUCCCCGACAAUUCCAUAGUUCUCAUGGCAUCAAAGGGAAGAUACAUCUCCAGAGGCCCGUGGACUCGAGUGCUGGAAAAGCUCGGGGCAGACAAGGGGCUCAAGUUGAAAGAGAAAAUGACGUUCGUUGGCUUCAAAGGCAGCUUCCGGCCCACCUGGGUGACUCUGGUCACUGAGGACCACAAGGCCAAGAUCUACCAAGUUGUGCCCAUCCCCGUGGUGAGGAAGAAGCAGCUGUGAGUGCAGCUGCCGCCUGGGGCCGCCCACGCGGACUGUGACGGCGGACUUUUGGCAGCAGACCAGGGUAGGGUGGCUGGUUCCCCCAGCCCCUGUCCAGCGGCACCUUGGGAAGGCCAUGUGUCCGGAUAGGCCAAGGGAAGGACCCUGAGACCCCUGGGGCCUCCGCCUGCCCCCACUCAAGCAUCUACCUGCAGCCCCAGGGCGGUGUUGUCUUUCCUACAGCCUCUUGGGUGCGUCUCUCCUAUCUGUGCCUCUUCAGUGGGGGGUGUGGGGACCCUGCGAGGAGACCUGGGCCGUGAUGACAGCAGGGUCCACUCUGGCAUCGAUGUGGACUGGGCCGCCGGGUCACUCAGACUCUCCUGCUCACGAGCACACGUUAGGGGAUAGACGCGCCCUGGUCUUAAGGAAAUCUUUGUUCCUGUAAGCAAGAACCAGCUUCCACAGGAUUAGAGCAGGCGUGCACAGCUCACGGACGUGGAGCCUGUUACCCCUGGUGAAGGGGCGAGCUCUGCGUGUGUGUGGGGGUCAGCCUUUCAGGAGACUCCGGGCCCCAGGUGAGAUCACACUAGGUGACUUUUAAAGGCCCUUUCAGCUCAGAGUCCCCAGAAGUCUGUGGCUUUUCAUAUUGUGCCCAGAGCCCAGCAGUAGAUGAGAACAUUCCAUGAUGCUGGGUGCCUGAGGCCUACAGGACGGGGGUGGGGGAUGCCUAGGUGAGGGACUUGCAGUCUAGUAGGACGUGCAGUCAGGUCCAUGUGCCCUGUGAGACCAAGCAGAGAAGUCAGAGAGGGGCAAAAUGGGGACCAAUGCCAGUUCAGAGGACGGAAAGAUCUCCCUUGCCUGGGUGAGUCAGGAAGACUUCCGGUAGGAGGAGGCAGUGGGGCUUGCAGGCAUGAUGGGCAGCCUCAACUUCAUUCAAACUCUCUGUCAGCCCACGCACGGGCGCACCCGGCUGCGGCAAUUCCAUUGGUGCUACCUGUCCCGCAGGCCUGCUGGUGCAGCCCAGCAGACAGCGACGGGCACACGCCGAUCUGCCUUAGCGGCCCUCGGGGUCUGAGAGCUGCUGAGUCCAGCCCAGGCCUCUCAGCUCCUGCUUAAGCCCCUGCUCGCCCCCUUGCCCACCGGGAGAGCUGAGAGAGUUCCGGGAAAAGGGAAAACUACCUGUGGUUUAGACUGUCUCGUGAGGCACCAGGGCCACUCCGGGUCUCAGGAUGAGCUACGUCUGCCUCCUUUCCUGCCCCAAUCACAAACUCUUUCCUUCAGAGAGAACUUUCUCGGUUCCCUCUGCACAGCUACCCCCCGAGAUAGGUCAGCAAGUCCAUCCCCCCAGGUUGAGCCAACUGCCAGAGGUUUUCCCACCAAACAGGUCUUCCCGUUGCUAGGAGGUGACCCAGGGCUCCGCCUCUUAAGACAUGGUAGCUCCCAAGGCCCCAAGCCCAGGAAUAACCUUCCAGGCAGAGUAGCGGCGAGAGGGCAGUGCGUCACCAUGAGCUCAUGUUCUCCUUGUCGAUAGUUCUGUUGAGUUUUGCAAACUCUUUUCAUGCAGGGGUCUCACACUGUGAACGUUUGGGAUGCGAUCACUUCAGGUGGCCAGGGAUGGUGACUGUCUUUAGUUCAGUUCAUUUCAAGAAGGAUCUAUCUGAAGCGCCUCAGAGUUGUACAUAUAUCUCGCUCGCAUAGAGCCUUCCUCCUUAAACUGUUUGCCAGGAGCCGAUGGCCAGGCAUGUCCUUGGUCGCACAGAUUCUCUUACUGCUUAGGAAGCCAUCCUUGCUGUUUUUUCUGUGUGUGAGCAUCAAAAUGAGUGAGGCUUUUGAGGAAAACAACACGCCUCUGAAAUGCUUGUCUAUUUCCUGUUGCCGAAAUAGCUGGUCCUUUUUCGGGAAUUAGAUGUAUAGUGUGUUUUAUAUGGAAACAUUUCUUGUAGGCGUCACUAUGAACAAAGAUAUAUUUUUUAUUUAUUUAUUAUAUAUGCACUUGGAGAAGUCCUUGUCAGAGAAUGAAGAAUUGUCUUAAAUGUCACGUUUGGGGAUGUGCUUUGGCUGCCUGGAAAGCAGUGUCCCAGAGCUUUCCGCUUGCACUGGAAGACACGGCUCUGGGGUGGAAACUAUCGCUGUACCCUAGUAAACAUGCAAAGGCUGUCAUCCCCUUGUCUGCUUGUUCUGUUUCCUCUAAAGUGGGUCUCAUUUUAGGCCUGAUAUCUAAGGAAAAUACGAUUGGUGAAUGCCCGAGGGGUCGGCCUCUGUCACUCCAAGACUGAUUCAGUCAUCCAAGCCCUACCUUGUCUGGCCCUAAGGGGGUACCCAGAAGAGCAGUGGACAUGGUCCCCUGAGAAGAGGACACUCACGUGACAGGCCAUGCCCAGGGUGUGCUGUGGCCCCCGCACUUCUACGCCAUCAGUAAGCCGUUAGGGCAGCGCCCUCCCCGAGGGAAGCCAGGGGCCACCGCAGGGUCAGGAGUAGAAGCAAGACUGUCUCUUCCUCAUGGGCACAGUUUGGCCAGAGGCCAGUCUCAGCGUCUGAGGAGAGGGUUGAGGUUGAGUUGGUUCAAAUCAGGCUGCCAGGCAAGAGGGACAGAAGCAGGUUAGAGGGACUUACUUCUUGCUAAAAACUGAAGCUCCUCAGAUCCCACUAAGAACGAAAGCCCAGGAAUUUUCAACAAAGGGCCAAACGCACACAAUGGGGAAAAGACCGCCUCUUCAAUAAAUGG